AUGGAGGAUCACGAAUCACAUAUUGAGGAAAUUGGAUCUCCGAUCAUGAAGCGCGGGAAGAAAGAAAGGAAUCGUGAAUCGAGCGUCACAAUCUGCAAUAAUGGAAGAUGGAGUGCAGCUGGUGCAUCGCGGAUAGCUGAUUGUGUGCAGACGGCAACGAAUCACGGAUCAACAGAAGAACUGGCCUGUCUUCGUCUGCCGGAGCACAGUCAAGAGGAUGUACAGAUUGAUUGUUCUCUUGUCUCCACCGCCCACCAGACAGAUGAAGAAGAAUGUACUAACCAGGCCUGCCGAUUAUCAGAAAGAGCCGACAGACAGGACAGUCGGAGCACAAUCGAGAUGAGA